CCUACUGGAAAUAAUUUAAAUUUUCCUACUAAACAAACAAGAAAGAAACCUUAUAUCCCUCGUCCCCCAAAUUCUUUUAUUCUUUAUCGUCAACAUCAUCAUCCUUUAAUUCUUAAUCAACACCCUGGUAUAAAUAAUUCAGAAAUUUCGAGAAUUAUAGCCGAUCAUUGGAGAAAUUUACCAAAUCCGGAAAAAGAAGAAUGGAAGAGAAAAGCUGAUGAAGCUAAACAACGUCAUAUGAAAGCUUGGCCUGAUUAUAAGUAUCAACCUAGAAGA